AUGACCCGAUUGCCAUUGAUUCUGGACAUCCCUCAUGAAUCAGGCCAUUUAUCGACCCUCUCUUCUGUAUUAAAACUGCUUUUGGCUUCUGUUACCCAUGACACUGCGUGUGAAUCCAAACUAAACUCUCUCCUGUCUUGUUUGCAAGACCUUGAGAAUAAAUCACAGCUGGAUUUGUUGGACAUCUAUUCAGAGAUUGCUUUGGUCACUGAAUCUCUCAUGGCUAAAACUGUUGAACAUGAUCUUAUUGCUAAUACUAUCAGAGCAUUAGCAGAUUGCAUCCAUCAACUCAACCCACAUGUUCAAAUCGAGUCUGCAAUCUAUGAUGAUAUAAUGUACCUUAUUGUACAGGCUUCUAAGCAUGCACAUGUGAAUAUCUGUAGCAGUGCAUGGUAUCUACUACGACAGUUAAUUUCAUUGCCUAGCCAAUCGGCAGCUGCAUCAAAAGAUGUGACUAGAGAAAUUAUGCUUAAAGGAUGUGGUAGCCAGCAUGAUACCGUUCGCAUAGAGGCAGUACAAUGUCUAGCAGGAGCUUAUGCGAUUCAUAAAAUAUAUCUGGACGACUAUAUACGAGUUUGUGCACACUUGAUGAUCAAGGCUCCAGAGUGUAUGACUGAGAGUGUUUUAUUUGAUAUCAGACAGAUACAAACUGUUCGUUCAUAUGCUCAAAAACUUUGCAAAAAGAUUUUUUCAAAAGAUGGAUUAGAUGAUACAGACACUGAAGCGCAGCUGUUGCUUGCUAGAGGAAUCAUAGCAACCCUUCCGGAUUUAAUCAACGAUCAGGAGUUUGUGCUGAUAAUACUUACUCUUGAAUUGCUAGGCUCGCUGCUAGCAUCAGAAUCGAUAUGUACUGUGAUGCGCAGCAUAUUUCUCGAAAACAGUGAUAACUGUGAUUAUAAAGUCAGCUCUGCAUAUUGGAAUAUAUUUGUAGGACUUGUGGAAUCACGAAUCACGAAUCCGCAAUCAACAGGCACAAUCGAUUUUUCAUUAAAGGACAAUGAAGCUUCAUCAGAAAUAGUGCAUACAUGUGUCAAUGCGCUCGACGUUCCUUCUAUAUUUGGAUCAGAGUCAGGAUGGUCUUGCAAACCUGCAACCCAAUUUGUUACACUAGCACCUCGUAUUCUAACUGUGCUAUUGUGGUUGCAUAUACCCGUCCAUUCAAUAUCUCAAAGCAAGUUUCGUACAACAAAUAGCAUCAUUAGGCGUAUUCUUAUUGCAUGUGGGCAAUUUACUUUUAAACCCAUUUCGGUUUGGUCAACCACAGAAAUCCAAUCACUUACUCACCAGAUUCUUGAUCAUCUCGUUACGAUUACAAAACACUUGGAUUUGUCUUCCCUAGUAUCUGAUCACGCCGAGUCUAUACUUACAACAUACAUCAAGCCACUGUUUUUACAUGCAUCAUUUGAUGAAAAUGGAAACUUGUCCAAACCCCAAACAAAUUUACUCCAGCUUGACGAUUCCGAUAAAUACUUUGGAAAACAGCAGCUAUGGAAGGAAGAGAAAGUGGGCUGCGUUUCUGUUUUGGCAUUUUGUUGUUUGAUGCUACGAGCUUUUAGAAUUUCCGAAUUGUUGUAUUUGAUAUUUCCUCCUAUUUUGUCACUGCUGGAUGACCAUGAGGCUAAAUUUAAACUUUUUGGUGUGCAGCUGGCUAAACACUGCUUUAUUAUCGAGUCCACACCAAAAGAUCUAGGUUCGAGUGGUCUUGGAUUGGUUCUAUUUGAGGCAUUGUCGGUUGGUACACUCUACAUGUCGCAAUAUGAACUAAUGAGCGAGUCAUUUGAAGCUGCUCGAUUACUCCUUCCCCGAAUCCACAAUUCCAAUUCAGCUGCUUUUGCAUUGGCUAUUGAUGCACAUUUGCGUGAACGUGUUGUAGCACGAUUUACAUUUGCUGUUGGUUUACAAGUUAUAGCCAUGAGAGUACUACUUAAUCUGGCAUUGGACGUUCUUGAGAUUAAUCAACGUGACGUAGAAACUCAAACGAUGGCAGCAAAUACUCUGCUUUUACUGAUUGAACUGGGAUGGGCAAGAAUAUCAAUGUAUCAAGGAAAAAUCAUUAAAUCUGUUGCAGAGGCAUGGCGGCUACUGCAUUUAGACAUUAUGACAACUCGUGUAGAUUCAGAUGCAUUGGCUGGAUUGAAACAGAAAUUGCAGCGAGCUGUUACCAUGAUGUACCAAUGUACUACAAAUCAAACCGAGAUGGAUCUGCAGAUUUUAUUUAUGAUUGAUGGCAAGCUGUUUGGAGCACUUUCACCAAAACUGUACUCAAGCUGGUCAGAAAGAUUCAAGAAAAGUGAAACUAUAAAAUAA